CUUCCCUUCCGUUCCCUCGUUUUCUUCUCUCUUUCUCUCUCCCGCUUUUUUAUUUUUCUGCUUCCCAAGCGCCCCAGAUCUCUCCUCCUCUGCCCUUUGCCGUCCAAUUUCGCUGAACCUGACUCCCAAUCGCUCUCUGACAUACGUACAAUUCAUACCCCCAAACCCUCUCGAUCCUGUGUCUCCACUCCCCGCGAAAACCCUCCCCACCCAACUCGAUCUCUGCUCACUUUUCGUCUCUUCCUGCUGGAUGUCUUCCUCCUCUCGUCCCCCGGACCAGAUCAUUCACUCCAUGAAACGACAACUCCCAUUCUCGUCUAUGAAGCCUUCCUUUGUUGCUUCCGCAGAUUAUCAUCGCUUCGCGCCCGACAAACGCCGACCUGCUGACCAAGAAGCCGAAACCAUCGUCGUCAAGUCACCUCAAUUGAAGCGAAAGAUUACUACAGCCAAUUCUGAAGCUGAUUCCGUUGAUAGGAUGAACCGAGGAUCUAAUGAAGCAGCUAAUAGCCCUUUUCAGACUCCGAUGUCAGGAAAAAUGGGGAAGGCAAGCAAAGCAUCAAAGCUUCCAAAAUGCAGCAAAGCUGGACCUCAAACCCCAGGAUCAAAUGUUGGUUCUCCUUCUGGCAACAAUCUUACUCCAGCUGGUCCAUGUCGUUAUGACAGCUCUUUAGGUCUGUUGACAAAAAAGUUCAUCAACUUGAUCAAGCAAGCCGAGGAUGGUAUUCUUGAUUUGAAUAAAGCUGCUGAUACAUUAGAGGUGCAAAAGAGGAGAAUAUAUGAUAUAACAAACGUUCUUGAAGGGAUUGGUCUUAUAGAAAAGAAGCUCAAAAACAGAAUUCAAUGGAAGGGAUUGGAUGUGUCAAGGCCAGGGGAGGCUGAUGAUAGUUUUUCUAGUUUGCAGACAGAGGUUGAAAACCUUACUAUGAAGGAGGGCCAGUUAGAUGAGCAAAUAAGGGAGAUGCAAGAAAGACUGAGGAAACUUAGUGAAGAUGAAAACAAUCAGAAGUGGCUUUUUCUCACGGAAGAUGAUAUAAAGGGUUUGCCCUGCUUCCUGAAUGAAACCUUAAUAGCCAUUAAAGCUCCCCAUGGCACCACUCUUGAGGUCCCUGAUCCAGAUGAGGCUGUUGAUUAUCCCCAAAGGAGAUACAGGAUAAUCCUCAGAAGCACAAUGGGCCCAAUAGAUGUUUACCUUGUUAGUCAAUUUGAGGAAAAAUUUGAGGAGAUCAAUGGAGUCGAUGUACCACCCAAUCUUCCAUCCAGUCCAGAGUUGAACAGGCAUCCGGCAACAGUGAUCACUGAGGAUGCAAGGAAUGACAAAGAAAUGCAGGAACAAGACGGUCAUAGACCUGGUUCUGAUUUGAGUGCCUCACAGGACUUCGUUAGUGGGAUCAUGAAGAUUGUUCCGUCAGAUGUUGAUAGUGAUGCUGAUUAUUGGCUUCUAUCAAAUGCUGAUGUUAGCAUAACAGACAUGUGGAGAACAGAAUCUGGAAUUGAAUGGAACGAACUGGACGCACUUAAUGAAGAUUAUUGCAUGCCUCAGGAGAGCGCAGCACGACCUGAGACGCCUCCAAACAUGAGUCAACUGCCUUCGACGGCUAACCCUGAAGGAGGCUGAAGCUUCAAAAGCAUGUAUUAUGUAUCUAAUCGAAGUCAAGAGCUCUUUCAUUACUAGGAAUCUAUGACAUCCAGACGACCCCUUUGUGUCCUCUUCACCACACCGCAUGAGACUGGAUCGAAGAUUCGAUGAAGGUGUUUUCUUAAUGUUUUCGGUGAAGAAGCUGGUGCAAGGAACAAAGAGUGGAGCGCUCCAGACGGCAGAUUCAUUGUACAGCUAAUUUACAUAAUUCAAGUGAUCUCGUGGUUUUAGAAAAACAUCUAGGAGUUAUACUGAAUCCAUCCUUGUAUAUUACUCUAAUUCUUGGCUUUAGUGCAACUAGCUCGUUGUGCCCUCGAGAUGUUUGCCAAGCAAUAAAAUUGCCCUUCACGGAGACAGUUUGAGGCAAUUAUGUUCUCAUGCAAUGUUGUAAAGAAACCGAGCAAUUGUUCAUGUAAUGGGAUGAGACCUUUCACCUGGGAUUUUUUUUUUUUU